GUAUACACAUAUAUAGAGAGCAGGGGAAUAUCCAGUAUCUCUGGUUGCUGCCAUUAUUAAAAUGUGGCUUUUAUUGAUUGGAGGACUUUUACACUGCUUCAUAGGGGCUGUGUAUGGUGCGGAGGUAUGCUAUGAAAAUCUGGGUUGCUUUUCUAAUGAGAAGCCAUGGAGUGGCACUACUGAAAGACCCAUUGCACGCCUACCAUGGAGUCCUGAAAAGAUCAAUGCCCGUUUUCUUCUUUUCACACGACAGAACAUUGAUUUGUACCAGGAAAUCAGUACUAAUGCAGAUGUCAUUGCACGGUCAAAUUAUAAAGGAAGCAGAAAAACUAGUUUUAUAACCCAUGGAUUUAUUGACAAAGGAGAUGAAAAUUGGCUUCUUGACAUGUGUAAGCUUAUCCUCAGUGUUGAGGAUAUAAACUGUAUUUGUUUGGACUGGAAAUCUGGGUCGAGGACAUUAUACACACAGGCAGCAAAUAAUAUUCGAGUUCUUGGAGCUCAGGUUGCUUAUAUGAUUUCCAUCUUUAAGGAAAGUUUCCAGCAGAGUCCUGAAAAUGUGCAUAUUAUUGGGCAUAGUCUUGGUUCACAUUUGGCUGCAGAGGCUGGUCGAAGGACACCAGGGCUUGGGAGGAUCACAGGUUUGGACCCAGCUGAACCUUAUUUCCAGGGCUGUCCUACUCUGGUAAGACUGGACCCCAGCGAUGCUCUGUUUGUUGAUGUCAUUCACUCUGAUGCCCUACCAAUGAUCCCCUACCUUGGAUUUGGAAUGUCUCAAGCUGUUGGACACCUUGACUUUUACCCAAAUGGAGGGGAAAGCAUGCCUGGUUGUGAAAAGAAUAUAAUCUCACAAAUUGUGGACAUAGAUGGCAUUUGGGAAGGUACUCGUGAUUUUGUUGCCUGCAAUCAUCUGAGGUCUUACAAGUACUACAGUGAUAGCAUCCUAAACCCUGAAGGAUUUCUGGGAUACUCCUGUACAAACGAGGCCAUGUUUGUGUCUGGGCAAUGCUUCCCAUGUACUUCCAGUAGCCCAUGUCCUUUCAUGGGUCACCAUGCUGACAAAUUUAAAGUACCCAAUGGAGCAGAAAAGUUGAAGUUCUACCUAAACACGGGUGAUUCUCGGCCCUUCUCACGUUAUCGCUAUAGGGUGACAGUAACUAUUGAUGGCUCUCGAACCAACACGGGAUACUUCAAAGUGGCCUUAUAUGGUGUUAAUGGAAAUACUCGACAGUAUGAAAUUUACAAAGGCACAUUGUCACCUGGUAAAACCUAUGAGCUCCUCAUUGAUGUUGAAAAGGAAGUUGAUGAAUUGACUCAUGUUAAGUUUAUAUGGAACAACAAUGUACUAAACCCAUUGCUGCCAAAGUUUGGUGCCACUCAAAUAAUAGUGGAGAGAGGACGGGACAGGAAAACGUUCAAGUUCUGUGGAAAUGGGAUAGUACGAGAGAAUGUGCUUCAGACCCUGUCUUCCUGCCAGUAAAUUUAGUUAAUCACAAUUUAAAGGAUCAGAAUAUACUCCCUCAAUAAAGCAUUCACCUUAUUAUGAA